AGAACACAGAGUACUCGAUUUUCACCACUGACACAAGUUGAGAACGUGACGGACAGAGAAGCACGCACCAAAUCGCAGCAAUGCCGUUCUUGGGAUACAAUGAAGAUGGCGAUGUUGUGGAGAUUGGCCACAACGACGAUGGCACCCUGCGCGUUGUCGAGAAAACUUCGAUCCCAGGCGGCGUGGUCUGCGCCGCCUCGGCUGGUGACGACAUGCUGUACUACAUCCCUGUUUUAUCCCCUUCGUCUCUGUGCCGCUGGUCGUUUGCCAAGGGAGAGAGUGAGCUAGUUCAGGACCUUGUGCGUUCGCACGACAGGUUAUUUUUCCAUCGAAACAAGGUCUUUUGCGUUCCACUCGACGACAACGGCGUGGCCGUCUACGACCCUCUCUGCAACGUUGUUGAGAUUCUCCCUAUUCACUACCACAUUAAGUGGAUCGAACCGGCCGACCACGGGUUUGUGUUCCACACCGAGAGCAACAAAACGUUUGGCUACGAUUUCAACAACGGCUGCACCGAAGUGAAGCACGACGGCCAAAUUACGUCGUUCUUAGGGCACUACAAGCGUUACGCCGUGGUACACGUGCAGGACGGCAGCGAGGAGCGCGUUGCCGGCGUGACAGAAGCUGGCGACGUCGUCGCGCUCAGUGUGGAGCUCCCGUGUGCCGCGUUUGUGGAAUGCGACGAUGUGGUGCUGCACGUGGUCGAUGGUGAAAUCGUGUCGUCGAAAGGCCAGCGCGUCGCCGCUCUCACCAGCGGGCUGAUGUUGACCGCCUCCCCUGCCUCCGAGGAGGAGGUCACGUGCAGCAUUUGCCUGUGCGAGUUCGACGGUGAAGACGGCGUCACGCUCGACUGCGGUCACCUCUUCCACAAGGACUGCACUGAUCAGUGGGUGUCGACGUGGAGGGACUUUGCUGCCAAGGGAGAGCACAUCGCCUUUACACACGCUGUUUGCGCCAGCGGGUGCAAGUAUCUCAUUCGCCACCCUCUCCUCCCGCAAUCGAAGGACAUCGCCGAGCUGUGGCAUGAGGUGAUGGCAAAGAAGACGGCAUUGCUUCCGCAAUUCUCGGACACAAAAACGGACGAGGAUCUUUUGUUUUACAUCUGCGGCAAGUGCGGAAAGGCCUUCUACGGCGGUGAGCGUGUGUGUUCGCGCAUGCAAGGUCGGGCGCCGUCCUCGUCCCCAGACGACCUUAUCUGCGACGCGUGCCUGGCCGAUGCACAUGACGGCUGCAAUACCUUUGCUCCAGUCUUCAAGUGCCGCUACUGCUGCAACCCGGCUACGCAACGCUCAUUCGGCACGCGCUACAUGUGUGACCGCUGCAACGCGCGAUGGGACACGUCGGAGCCGUCUCCGAUUCCGUGUCCCGGAAGUGGAGAAUGUCCAUUUGACGGACACCACGAAGAGGACAAGGGCGGCUACGCCGGGUGCUUGCUGUGCACCGGCGCCGUAAACAUUGCGCACAUCUUUGACCGCAUUGUCACAGUGAAAGAUGCUGAAGCGAAUGCUGCUGCGUAG